UUAAUCUCAUAAAGUAACAAAAGAACAAAAGAAAUUCAUAAAACAAUUUUUAUAGAAAAUAAAAAAAUAUCUAGAGCAGAUAUGUCUCAUUACUCUUAAUAAUUACAAUUGACACGUUAUCUGACCUUGAGAUGGCGAACCCCCAAAUAUCCGUCAGUAUCACAUUGAACUUGAAUUUCUACCGGUAAAGUAGUAAUAUCUCUUUCACUUUGCGUACACAUGAUUCGUUUGGGUUUCUUUUCAUCAGAUUAGUCAUUCACUCAUAAUUGUAUCCAUUUCAUUCGCACUGACAAGUAAAAUUGAAAUCCAGUUUACUUAAUUCAAUUGAUGCAUUUCUUUGGUAUAAAAGGUUUGAUUGGACUUAUUUUGGUAUCAUUCACAACUUUUCCAUUCAACGGAAAAUACCUCAAUCAACUCAAAAAUGGCAUUCAAAUUCAUUGUUGCACUUGCAUUCGUUGCUGUUGCCGGUGCUGGACUUAUCCCUGUUCACCAAGAAUACCAUGCUGCCCAUCCAGUCCUGAUCAAGUCAGAAGACCACCACGAUCCUCAUCCACAAUAUCAAUUCUCUUACUCUGUCAACGAUGCUCACACCGGAGAUGUUAAGAGCCAAAGCGAGACCCGUGAUGGAGGUGUUGUCCAAGGAGAAUACUCCCUCAUCGAUGCUGAUGGCCACAAGAGGACUGUCCAAUACACCGCUGAUGAUGUUCAUGGAUUCAACGCUGUAGUCCACCGUGAACCUCUUGGACAUGUUGUCAAGGCUGUUCAUGCUGCUCCAGUUGCUUAUGCUGCACCAGCUGUUAUCAAGUCAGCUCCUUUGGCUUAUGCUGCUGCUCCAGCUAUCGUAAAGUCAGCUCAUGUCGGUUAUGCUGCUCCCACAGCAUACACUCAGACUUAUGCUGCUGCUCCAGUUGCUUACUCACAUGGUCCAGUUGCCUACGCUCAUGCCCCAGCUGCCUAUGCAACUCAGACUUUGGUCAAAUCAAGCCCAGUCUCCUAUGCUGCUCCAGCUUACGCUUACCAUCAUUAAGAAGUUGUUAUAAAUGUUUGAUUGCCAUUGAUUGUUUGAAAAAUUAAGU